CCUCAAGCCUCAAGGCGCCAAAUAAGCUUCUCACACCUCUUUCUCCCAUCAAUCAGACCAUCGAAAUGCUACUCAGAACCAAUAACCUCUCUCUCCCCUCUCUCUCUCCACUUCACAACCCUAAUCCCUCGCGAUUUCACCACACUCUGAUCCGAUUCCGAGGAGCCUCGCCGCCGCGAAGUCUCAGUGCGGCCGCGCCGAUAUUGAGGCGGAAUCCGGCGGAUCUCCGGAAAAUUUGCGUAGAGAGAUUGGUGAGAGCGUGUGUCAGUAUUGGACAGGAAAACGAUGGCGGGUUGGUGGAGGAAGAGAGAGAGGAGAGAGAAAGCAUAUGGGAGCAGAUGAAGGAGAUCGUGACGUUUACAGGUCCGGCGGCGGGACUGUGGAUCUGUGGGCCUUUGAUGAGUCUUAUCGACACCAUCGUCAUUGGCCAAGGCAGUUCCGUUGAACUCGCCGCUUUAGGUCCGGGGACAGUUCUCUGUGAUCAUAUGAGUUACAUUUUCAUGUUCCUCUCAGUUGCUACAUCAAAUCUGGUCGCCACUUCUCUUGCCAAACAGGAUAAGGACGAGGCACAGCAUCAGAUUUCUGUCUUACUCUUCAUUGGCUUGGCAUGUGGAUUAUUGAUGCUUUUGUUCACUAAAUUGUUUGGCACUUGGGCCGUAACUGCUUUUACCCGAGGAAAGAACAUCGACAUUGUCCCUGCAGCAAAUACAUACAUCCAGAUUCGGGCCUUGGCUUGGCCGGCUAUUCUUGUCGGAUUGGUUGCUCAGAGUGCAAGUCUGGGAAUGAAAAACUCAUGGGGACCUCUGAAAGCGUUGGCGGCUGCCACAGUCAUAAAUGGCCUUGGUGAUAUAAUCCUAUGCUUGUUUUUUGGACAAGGUAUCGCCGGAGCAGCGUGGGCAACCGCAGUUUCUCAAAUUGUGUCGGCCUAUAUGAUGAUGGAUUCUCUCAACAAAGAAGGGUACAAUGCCUUCGCCUUUGCUGUUCCUUCGACGCAAGAGCUCUGGAGAAUCUCUGCCCUUGCCGCGCCAGUCCUGGUGUCCAUUUUCUCGAAGGUUGCUUUCUACUCUUUCAUCAUAUACUGUGCCACUUCCAUGGGUACUCACGUUCUUGCUGCUCAUCAGGUUAUGGCUCAGAUGUUCCGGAUGUGCAAUGUGUGGGGGGAACCCCUCUCUCAAACGGCCCAGUCUUUCAUGCCCGAGUUGUUAUACGGGGUGAAACGGAAUCUUUCCAAGGCAAGAACGCUGCUCAAGUCCCUUAUGAUAAUCGGGGCAACGCUGGGAGUUGUACUAGGGGUCAUCGGAGCAUCUGUCCCUGGUCUGUUUCCCGGCAUCUACACUCGUGAUGGAAUUGUCAUUCAUGAGAUGCACAGGGUAUUGAUACCGUUUUUCUUGGCGUUAUCUGCAAUGCCGAGCGCAGUGAGCCUGGAAGGCACUUUGCUGGCGGGACGUGACCUCAAGUUCGUAAGCUCGGUGAUGAGCGCAAGCUUCGUCCUCGGCUGUCUUAUACUAACUUUGGUGACAAGAAACGGCUUCGGCUUGGUAGGCUGCUGGUUCGUCCUCGUUGGAUUUCAGUGGGGACGGUUUCUUCUGUACCUUGGACGCCUACUUUCCCCGGACGGCUUACUAUAUUCCCAUACUUUUAAUCAGUAUACAAUGGAGAAGAUUUAAUCUUUCAUAUAUAUAUAUAUACACACACACACGAUAUUGGGUUUUUAUUUGUUGCUAUUAUCAAAUCCAUUAUAUAUUUAUAUAUAUAUAUAUAUAUAUAUAUAUAUUUGAAUUUUGGCAACAUAAACCCACCUACUGCACCACUAAUCUAGUUUUGGAAAUA